AUGAGCUUCGGAUUCAGCCUAGGCGACCUUGUCACCGUGCCACAGUUCGCGUGGAACGUGUAUCACACCUGUAAGAAAUCGCCCUCAGAGGCUCGCGUCAUCGCAUCCGAGCUAUUCACCCUAUGUGGCAUCCUACAGACCUUGGGCGAUGGUAGGGCGCAUUACAUGCGGACGCUGGCCGAGAACGAUAGAGUCCGACUACUCUCAGCCUACAAUGUGUGUCGCGAUGUGCUCGAGGAAGUCUCAGCCACUCUACGCAGGCAUUCGGAGUUGAGCAAAGACAAUCCUCAUCUCUUUGCACGCUUAAAAUGGGGUGCCGAAGACGUCCCUGCGUUGAGACUGCGCAUCAUCUCCAGCACCUCGCUGCUCACGGCAAUCCAAAGCAGUAGACAGUCACUAUCGGCGUCAAGAAUGGAGGACAAAGUCGACCAGCUCCUCUCGCGACUAGAUUCUUCACCAUACGAGUGGUUCCGAUCGCCAUCAAACCCUAAUCGCAGCCUCGAGAUUGGGCGCAGACCUCAGAGGCUGCUCCCAGAGAACGAAAAUGACAAUCGGUUGAUGCUUUCGCUAGAGCAAUUGACCACGUCUUCGCUCCUUCAGCUGCCCGCUUCAAUCAGAGAAACUCAGACACCCAUCGAUUCGGAGUCACGCAAAGGACUUCUCAAGCCAUCUUGUCGACUGCUUGGCUCACUCACAAGACCUUUCUCCCACUCGAAACCAUCCACUUCGACCAAGUCGGACGAUCUCCCUCGCGCUGCCGCCGCUUCCAACAUCCCCAAAAUCCAACACCUUCUCAUGUCUGGCUACCCGGUGGACCAUGUCGAUAGUAGUCAUGGCUACACUGCUCUGCACAAUGCUGGCAUGUCCGGCUGCGUUACCACCCUCGUCCUCCUCCUCUCGCAUUCGGCCUCGGUCUCGAUAGCAGACGUAAACGGCGCAACCGCCCUCCACCACGCCGCACAGAAUGGACACGUGGACGCAUCCCUCCUACUCAUCCAGAAAGGGGCAGAUAUCGAUGCGGCGGACAGCGCCGGACAUGCACCGUUGUUCUAUGCUUUGCAGAAUGGACAUCUCUCGGUCGCAAAUGCCUUGCUCGGACUGGGUGCGAAGAUGGCGCUGCUGGCUGAUGGGGGACAGACAUAUGACUAUUGGGCGAGUAGACUUGCUCCUUGCGCCGAAGAGAUCCGUCGAUGUGAUACGCAGGACGAUUCCUGA